GUCUUUCUUUCUUCUGCACUUUUGUUGAUUCGCCCGAGCAAGUACCACCGGGCUGGGCGAAGCGAGGAAGAACAAGAGCACCAGCUCCCGUUAGGAAUGUGCCCAGAGGAGCCGCAGAGGCGCUAGCUCGACGAGGGGUUGAAGAUUUCAGAACCAAUGUUGGAAGAUGUUGGCUGUGGACACAGGGGUUGUAGAAGAAUGGUUAUCAGAAUUCAAGACAGUGCCAGAGGCAUCUAUACCAAGCUAUGCUAAAAAUCUGAAAGACAAGAUUUCUUUGGUGUCAUCUCUCUAUAAAGUUAUUCAGGACCCACAAAGUGAGCUGCUGGAGCCAGUCUGUCACCAGCUUUUUGAAUUCUAUCGCAGUGGUGAGGAGCUUCUACUGCAAUUCACAUUGCAGUUUCUUCCAGAACUGAUAUGGUGCUAUUUGUCUGUUUCUGGCAGUAAAGACCUUCAGAGCAGUGGCUGCAUAGAAGCACUUAUCCUAGGAGUUUACAAUUUGGAAAUAGUUGACAAACAGGGUCACAGUAGGGUAUUAAGCUUUACAAUUCCAUCAUUAUCCAAACCUUCAGUGUAUCAUGAACCUUCCAGUAUUGGUUCCAUGGCUCUUACAGAAGGUGCUCUGUCUCAACAUGGCUUAUCCAGGGUUGUGUAUAGUGGACCUCAUUUACAGAGAGAAAUGUUGACAGCACAGAACAGGUUUGAAGUAUUGACAUUCCUUUUGUUGCGUUACAAUGCUGCCUUAAGCUAUUUGCCUGCAGUUUCUCUUCAAUCGUUAUGUCAGAUCUGCUCAAGGAUCUGUGUUUGUGGAUAUCCUCGCCAGCAAGUGAGGAAAUACAAAGGCAUAAACAGCAGGAUUCCAAUUUCCUCAGAAUUCAUGGUGCAAAUGUUAACUGGGAUUUAUUAUGCUUUUUAUAAUGGAGAAUGGGAUCUGGCUCGUAAAGCAAUGGAUGAUAUUUUAUACAGAGCACAACUGGAGCUGUAUCCAGAACCACUGUUGGUUGCUAAUGCAAUAAAAGCUUCAUUGCCUCAAGGUGCCAUAAAAUCUAAUAAAGAAGGUACAAAAUGCAUUCAGGUUGAAAUUACACCUACUGCAUCUAGAAUAUCAAGAAAUGCAGUGACCAGCAUGUCAAUUCGGGGCCAUAGAUGGAAAAGGCAUGGUAACGAACUAGGAAUUCCAGAAGAAGAAUUAAUUGAAGUCUCUGAAGUUGAUGAAGGUUUUUACUCUAGGGCUACUUCUACAACAAGUCACUCUGCUUUAGCAAACAGCAGCAAUACCAGCAACAAGACUCCAGUAAGCAAGGGUCAGAGAAGGUCUGGAAUAAGCAAACUUGGAGGAAAAGAAAAAGAAGCUGUUGGUGAAUCCUACAAAGAACAUCUGUCUCGUAAACAAAACCAGAGAGCAAUGAGUGAGAAUCUAGAGCUUUUGUCUUUAAAGAGACUGACCCUGACUAGCAGCCAAUCCCUGCCUAAACCAGGCAGUCAUAGUUUGGCUAGAACUAGCACUACUCUUUUCAGUAAAUCAUUUGAGCAGGUUAGUGGAGUCAUAGUCCCAAAUAAUCACAAUAGCACAGAGGCAAACCGGUUUUCAGUGUGCAGUUUGCAAGAAGAGAACUUGAUUUUUGGAGCAGAAAGAAUAGAAAUUCCAGUUUCAAACAGGCAGUCUAAUCAGCAGCGACCACCAACUAUCAGCAUUACACUCUCAACAGACUAACACACAUCUGGUUUAUUUAUCAAUCUAAAUAAGGAUUCAGGUGAAAGGUUACCCUUGUUUUAAUGUAGGGACUAAGUUGCUAGUUUAGGGAUUGCAAUUUUUAGGUGAAUAGUUCUGUAAAUAUUUUAUAGUAAUGGGGUUAUUCUGUAGGACUCCUGACUUUGCAAAUGAAAUAUGUAACAGUAGUACAAUUAGGUUUGUAUUGGAAAGCUACUCAUGAUGGAGCUGUACCAGGGGAAAAACUUUAAUAGAAACUGUAGUGUGUUUGCCAGCUUUAACAAUCUGUUUUGAUUAUAAUGGGCUAUAAUCCAGAAGUUGUACUAAAUCCAAACACAGCAAGAACCUUUCCCCCCACAUUUUUUUUCAGGGCCCACCGAAGUCAAAGCUGCUUUUUACAUUCAUGAAAGCACUUCAAAGUUGCAUUCAAGAUGGAAACUUACAUUUGGAAAAACAAAACCAAUUUGUGUACAGACAACUGCUACAUGAGUAAAUAGAUUUGCUCAGUUGAGGUCACUGUGUUGAGUUUCAAACUUUCAUUACUACUACCAGUGUUCAAGUAUAAGUAAAUGUUCUUUAUCUUAUGAGCCAAUAGCCACUUGGCAGCAGUCCUUUUUCAAAACAUAAGGUGUAUGUCCAUCUGUUCUGCAAAAGAAGUAAUGCAGCCUGGUUAUUGUUUUUGACAUACUAGCACUAUAUUACCAUUUAGAAUAUAUAUAGUGGGAGAGCAUGAUUGUGUUGGCCCCACCUCCUGGUGUGUUUGACUUAGUUGUCAUUUACCUUUUGUUCAUGCAAUGGAUUUAAAUGAAUGGAGCUCAAUGUUUGUGUGGUCCUACCUGCAUACCUUCAUUGCGGCAUUGCACAAAGCAAGGGCAUUUGGUUCUGUGUACAUCAGUCUCCAUGUAAGCCUGAAAUGCACUGUGCAAACAGGGGCAUACUGAUGUGAUCCUAAUUCUCCCAUUGUGUGUAUGUUUCCAACAUCAGCAUAGGAAUGCUAGUUCCACAAUUACAAUUUUAUAGUGCAGCUGAGUUUAGUUAGGAGGAGCGACCUUUUCUACCUCAGAAUCUGCAAGUCAGCAAAAAGUACAACAUUGGCUUCCUAUUGUGUUGUUAUGUUUGAAUUGAAUCAUGCAUUACUGGCAUUUUUAUUAGCUAAUAUUUCAGGUAAACAAUUAACAUGGGAGUAGGUGUGCUGUUUCUGUCAUUGCUUCUUUCUUGCAUUAAGGUAAUAUUACAAGUUGCAUCACAUUAAAGUAUUAAACUUAGUAAGUAUAUGGGAGGUGGUCUAGCACAGAACAGGUGUACAUAAUUACAUAUUUUGGAAGGGCAUAUUUAUAUUAGACUUUGUCUCCUAGAUCAUUAUCAAUUGAAAAACAAAACUUCUGAGUGGUGCAGUAAGAUUUAAAAUGAUUUGUUAUGGACUUCAACAAAGUCAUUUCUGCAAGUUUGAAACAAAUCCCACUGUAUAAGCAGAAAACAUCUCACACACCAGAGUAACUUUUUGGAAAAUGUGGGAUUAAUGAGAGUGGGUGAGGAUUCAGUGAUAGGUCCCUGUGUGAGCAGGAGUGCCUUCUGCUUCUUCAUGGAAUUUUUGUGGAUCUGCAUGUUUAUCUUCUUCCCACCCCCUUACUGGUUAUGGUGUCACUUUUCAGCAAAAGCACCUUCCAGUACACACCCACAUUAUAAACUGCAUUCUUCUAAAGGAAUGUUUAAAGGAAUUGCAAAAAGCUAUAUAGUUAGUGAUCAUGGAUUUCACUGGCAUUAUGCUUAAAACCAUAAGCAGCUGAAGCCCUUGUGAAUAGAAGUCAAAUGUUCCCAUACAAUGGUGUUAAAAAUUCUGCCUUGAACUGAAAGAGAUUCCUUUCUCUGAAUUUCCAGAGUUCUCUAGUUGAAAUUCUUAACCAAAAUUAGCAUUUUUUCCUCUAAUAGUUUGAACUAGACAUUUCUGGAAAAUUGUUUUCUUUCUGGAAAAUCUGGGAUUUUUAAAUGGAAUUGAAAUGUUAAUUUAAUAUUUAAUCUUUUGAAAUCACUGUAUUUUUCAUAACAGUAUUAAUAUGCUUUAACAAGCUAAAGCACAUACAGUUUUCUAUAUAUUUUAAAUUUUACAGGUGUAAUGAAAUUCUACUUCAUAAAGGUAGAAGAACUUUUAUACAGGAAUAUACAGCCAUUGUAAAUGAAAGCUCUUUAAACUUCUUGCUGCAGUUCAAUAUUUAAGAUGCCACAACAUACAAAAUGAUGGUUUCUAAAUGUUUACAGUGCUGUAACUUUUAGUAUAUGGGUAGUUUUGUUUUAAUAAAACUAUUUUUUUCUUUUUCGGCACAUUUUGCCACAUGCUGUAAUCCAUGUUAGAAUAACAUAUAGUUCCACAAACUUAAUUUACAACUAGGCUUGUUGCUUAAACUAACUUUCAAAUAAGAUGUAUCCCACUUUUCAUAUUUAUGUGCAUCCUGAGGUGAAAGUGGGUUUUUUUAACAUAUACAUUUGUAUUUAUGCAUAAUCCAAAAUACCAGCUGGAGUGGAAAACCAUAACCUAACCUAUGCAGCCAUCUUUCGAUGUUGUAUACACAGUAAAAAUAGAAAAUCUCAGUGCAGUUUGUUCAAGAAACUGUUCCUGAUAAACAUAGUUGGGGUAAACUAUGAAAGGGUCAUUAGUAUAACAUUUUGCCUAUGGGAUACUGAUUUGGUGCACUAUGUACAAUUCUCAGCAUGCCCCCAACUCUUUACCAAAUCUCACCUUUUUAGGACAUGAGCAUUUAAAUUGCAUAAUAUAUAAACAAUAUAUGUUCUUUUCUUGAGCUUUGUCCCAUCUUGAUCAAAAUGACUGGUGAGAUAUUUGAGCCUGGAAAAACUAACAGACCUUGGAUAUGGGUUGUAGCAUAUGUUUAUUAAGUCUUUGAUGUAAGUGGCAGCUUCCAUUCCAGAAAAGUAUUUUGCUCUUCUAUGCCACAUUUUAAAGCUUCACAAACUUGAAUUUUAAGUGACAUUGUACAGUACAAGCUCUGAAAUGUAAUAGUGAAUUUUGAAACUAAUUAUGUUUGAUUAUCCCUCUGAGUAUUUGCAACAUUCUGGAAGUUUAAGGCAAUUGAUUAGUUGUCUUCAAAAAUGACUUCAAAAUUGUGAUGUAUUGUAUAAUUGAACAUGUGAAAAAAAAUUGGGAUUCUUUCUGUGAUCGGUAAAUGUUUUCUUUUGUAAUUUUAAACAACAUUUUGGGGGUUUUCUUCAAAAGCAGGCACUUCAUUUAGUAACUCAUUACUGAGUUGUGAAAUGUGGUCAAACUCGGUGGAAAUAAUUAGUUUAGAAGGUUAGUGAGUCAUGUCCUGUAGCAAAAUAGGAUAUACUUUGGAUGUUUUUGUUAGGCUUCACUGUGGUGACAAAUGGCCUUUUAAAAUAAGGGAGAAUAAGAAGCAAGAAGAAAUUAACUUCAGUGAAAAUGUUUGAAGACCACAACUUUGAAAGAACAUAUUUUAGCAUUUUUUGAAAGAACAGCACAUUGAUUGAAACAGAAGAUUUAUGAUUAUUUCUUUUUGUGAUGGACACACAUUUUGCCUUUUCAUGGAUUUUAAAUCAUCUAGAAUUUUUAUGACUCAGUAACUGUAGCUUUUUACAUAGCUGUGUUUCUACGUACUGAAAACUAAAACAAUAACAUGAGAAUUACAGGCAAGAUGAAAUAGCAGUUGGAUAACAUGUUUUCCUUAACAUGACACAUUUUAAAUGUAUGCCACUUUCCCUUUUGUAGUGCAGGUUUGUGAAUACAUUUUGCUUUGGUAACAAAAAACUUGUAUAGUUUUAAAAAUAAAUUGCUUCUCUAGAAGUCACAUUCCUAAAA